UUGCUGCAUCAAAUGCGAGGCUACUAGCUGUUAAGAGGUAUCCGCUUCACAGGUUCUAGGUAUACGAGACCACGCACGAGAGCUGCACCGUGCGAUGUUGAUGUUGCGGUAGGGAGCUUGCAAGCUGGCUAGGAAAUACCCAAUCCAUCGGCAGUAACGGAAGAAUACACCAAAAGGGUGUUGUACCGCGUCGUCCCUUCUUCGUGGCGCACUGACGGAUUAUUCCUCCACCGACUGCUCCAUCCCGCUGUAUGCGUUCGUAUGCGGAUGCGUCAUCGGGUUUUCCUCGUAGUCACGUUGUGUACCGUGUGUGCAAUAUGGCACGUACGGUACGGGUUCUUCAUCCCUACCGCAGCGACCAACAGCAGCAACGGUACCAGCACCGAAAUGUCGUUCAAGUCUACACCCCCAAAAGUGUCGAACGUGCAAGGAAUUGGAACGUUUUCUACUAUAGAGUCGCCCAAUACGUUUGACGGUGUCGUUGCCCGCGUCUUUACACCGUACAAUCAUCCUUUUCCCUGCUUUCACCCGACGGACAAUCAAACCACCGGUCGUUGGCCAGGACGACAUCCUCCCCUCGAACAGGGGCCGACCCAAAACGGGUUUCUCUACGUCAAAAUACCCAAAACGGGCAGCAGUUCCGGUGCCGGUGUGCAUUUACGGAUUGCCCGCAACGUGGCCCGACGCUCACCCUCCUACAAUUUCGAUAUAUGCAAGGCACGGUGUCGACACGGCAAGGCCCAUCCCCACGGUAACCUCCGCUUGGCCCGGCGGGACGUCAACGCGUCUUUUGUGUGGACGCUGGUCCGUGAACCCACCCAACGCGCCGUCAGCUCCUUCUUUCACUUUCAGGUUGCGCGACGCGCCAUGGAACCCACGGACGACAAUUUCGUCCGCUACCUACCGCGCGGACACGUUACCAUCAACUAUCUAUCCCCACGCGAAUAUCACUACCGCAAAGGGUACAAUCCCAUCGAAUACGCCAACGAAAUUCUACUGCACUACAAUUUUAUUGGACUGACGGAACGGAUCGAUGAAAGUUUGGUUGUGCUUUCCAUGUUGUUGGAUUUGCCGCUGACGGACAUUCUCUCCGUGUCGGCCAAACGUAACGGUGGCUACGACGACGGCGCCUCCCAGAAUACGUGUUUCAAAAUUCCACCCAGCUUUGUGUCACCGGGUAUGCAACGGCACUUUGCCAGUGGGGCUUGGCGGAAUCUGACGCGGCCGGAAGUUGCCUUGUUCCAGGCGGUGAAUCGCUCUCUGGAUUUGACCAUGGAUGCGCUCGGCCGUUCUGCCGUGCAAGCUCGGCUGGUCCGAUAUCGUCAAGCAAUGGCAAUGGUGAACGAGCGGUGUACGGCCGAUACGGUCAAGUUGCCUUGUACAAAAGACGGGGUCCGCCGCGAGGAUGUGGACGUGGACUGCUUCUUUCAGGAUCUUGCUUGUGGUAUGGACUGUUUGGACCGAGUGGCGGCCGAAAUAGACCUCUGA